AUGGGUUCAUAUCUAUUGGAGACUCUGAAUGAUCUCUACAGCAAGAAACUUGUACAGACAUAUAGCGUCUUUCCUAACAAGAACGAGAUAAGCGAUGUGGUGGUCCAGCCCUACAACUCUCUUCUGACACUCAAGCGCCUUACUCUGAAUGCUGAUUGUGUAGUUCUUCUUGAUAAUACUGCGUUGAAUAGAAUUGCUGUGGAACGCCUUCAUAUUCCGAAUCCUUCCGCUAAUAUGAUCCGUAAAACUACUGUACUAGAUGUGAUGAGAAGACUUCUUCAGAUAAAGAAUAUCAUGGUCUCCCCUAAUGCCCGGACAAAAGAAGCUAGUCAGGCAAAGUACAUAUCGAUAUUAAACAUUAUACAGGGAGAAGUUGAUCCUACUCAGGAUAGUAGGAAGAAGCAAGUGUUAUUUUUACCCAACUUCUCUCCAAAAUCUUCUGGAGAGAAGUCCACAGACAAGCCUAUAAGUUCUUUUAAAGAUUCAAAUAUGUCCCUCUUUUAA